AUGGUCCUACAAAAAUCAUCGUCAUCAUCAUCAAAUUUGCUAAACAGUUCCUCUCAACAACAACAACAAAUAAUUUCCAAAUUAUUAGAAAAAGAUAUUUCUCGGUGGAAUUGUAACGAUGUUGCUUUAUGGCUUGAUCUCAUGAAAAUGUCUCACUUGAAAUUUGCUUUUGUUCAAAAUCAAAUUUCUGGUGAGGAAUUAUUGGAAUUGACAGAUAGCGAAUUGAUGAAUGAAUUAAAAGUGAACAACGAGAAUGAACGGAAAAUAAUUCGAGAAUUGAAAGAUCAUCGAACGAAUUGGAUAAAAUUAUUUAAAAAUUUAAAUCUAUUGAGUGACAAUUCAAAUUCUGAUGCGCAACAUUAUCAACAACAGCCACCUUUCGAAAAUCAUCCUCAGACUACGGGCUGUCCCUCAUCGUCACAUAAUUAUUCAUCACAACCAUCUCAUCCAAAUUUGGUGAUUAACACUUCCAAUACUUUUUUGGCCCAUCGAAAUGCAAGCCAACAACAGCCAUAUAAAACUCAAUUAACGCCCACAAAGGUAAUGAUGAAUGACAUUUCUUCGUUACUGGAAUUGGAUCAAAUUUCCGAUGAGGGUGCUGAAGAUUUGACAAGUGUUGGAGGUAUUCUUUUAAUGAAAGGAUCAUCCGAGCAAUUGAAUUCUGUGUUGGAUUCAAUGUAUAAGGACUGUGAUUCUUUGAAAUUUAAAUUGUAUAAGAACAAUGACAUUCAUGUGGUGACACUCAAAAAAAUUGGUUUUUCGUACAACUCUUUAAAAUUGGAAAUUAUUGAAAGAUUUCAAUUUAUAAAACCACUGAUUCGAUACAAAGAUCGCGAGGGAUAUUUGAUUAGAAUUUCCACAGACGAUGAUUUAGCAAGAGUCUUAUUUACUCAUCACAGUGAACAGGGAAGUGACGUUUUACAGCCCAUUAAAUUGGUGAUUGAGAAUGAUAGUUCCAAUAAUAAUAAUCACCAGAGUACAACACCCACUACAACAACAAGUCCUAAAUGUGUAUUCGCUCCAACUGCAGUUGCACAACAACCACACAAUCAUGAUCUAUCAAACAAUAAUUUGAAUUCAAAACUUCUCAAAUUGGAAAAUGAAAAUGCAGAAAAGAGUGAAACCAUUCAAGAAUUGGAACAAAAACUUUCCACACAAAUUCAAGAAUCGGAAAAACAGCUCGCUCUCACUAAAAGUUUGCAAGAAGAAAUAAGCUCCUUAAAACUGCAAUUAUACAGUAUGAGAAAUGGAGUAAUUUUUAACCCUGGUACACUGAAACAGGAUGAAGAGAUUUCAGAAUACAUCAAGUUGUGUAAAACACUGCAACAUUCGUUAGGGAAUGCACAAAACAAAUUGUUUGAGAUUAUUGGAGCAAAUGGAACAUUCAUGCAACAAUAG